CACACACGCAUCUCGCCCACAUCGCCUCGCGUGACGUUCUUACCCCGGAUAUGCCGAGGCAUGCGCCGUAAAAAUCCCGGGAUUGAUGUAUCGCAGAGCGCAGAUCUGCAUUUACUACCUGCUAUGCAUAGCAGCAGUGAACUUGACGUAUACCUCCGACUCGGAGAUUACGACGACGAGAAGCCGGGACUGUCCACUAGAAUGUAUUUGCCUUUCUCCGAAACAGGUACUCUGCAAUACAGGCGGCCUCGAGGACAUCCCGGCGCAGCAGUUGCCGGAGAGUGUCGAGGAGUUGUCGCUGACGAAGAACAACUUCCCGGUGAUAAAGGGUGAUGCAUUCGCGGGUCUCCGGAUGCUACGUAAGCUCACCCUGGACGGUAACAACAUCUCCUCCAUACGGCCGUUCGCGUUUCGCGGCUUGAAUCGGCUCCGCGAAUUGUCGAUCCAGCACACCCCGCUGCCGUACAUCGAGAAAUUCUCGUUCGCCGCCCUGCAGAACGUCUCGGUGCUGCUGCUGGCGAACAACAAGAUCCGCUACGUCGAGGGCUACUCGUUCGCCGGCACGUCGAACGUCAACGUGAUCCUGCUGAGCAACAAUCCCCUGCUGACGAUUCGCAGCCACGCGUUCGCCGGUCUCACCAAUGUCAACAACCUCAUCUUCCCGUCCGGCAUCCGCACGAUCGAGCAGGACGCCUUCGACGGCCUCCAGCACGUCGGCCAGCUCAAGCUCAGUUACAUGGACCUGUUCGGGCUGCAGGCCUACACCUUCCGCGGCCUGUCUCACGUGCACUCGAUCUACAUCCAGGAGAGCGAUCUCGGGGUGGUGCAGAGGAAUGCGUUUACCGGCCUCCUUCACGUCGGUCGUCUCAAUGUGCUCAACAACAAAAUCGACCUAAUCGAGCGCUUGUACCUGCGCCACGAAAACUACAUCGAGGUUCUACGUUUCCACGGUAAUCACGUGCUGGAGGCACCGCGUCACGCCAAGGACGUCGUUCUCGAGGUGGACACGGUCAGCGCGAUCGAUAAUCACUUUCCUUGCGAUUGCCAGGCGCACAACGUCCUCGAGAGCGAUUUCGUCCGCGGUAACAGCGUCGAGUUCCAACGCCGUAACUAUUGCAUUUCGCCGUUCGAGUACAACGGCAAGCCCAUGAACGUCGUCGACUUCGACCUCGUCGCGCGAUGCCACGAUAACGUGAUCCAGGACAACUUGGGCUCAGGCGUCGUCGGGGUGUCCCGUUUCUCAGCGCUGCUGCUGAUUGUCUUCCUGUUCUCGACAAAUUUCUUCCGAUGAGCGUACUCGCAACUCUUCCAAUUAUUCGAUUAUCAAUCCGCCGAUUUUCAGACGCUCGAGACGACGAUAAUUGAUUUACGUGCUCUCACGGCUCGAGAAAUCUUUCUUCUUUGCCAUCUUCCUUCUGAGUAUUCAUAAUUCGGUAAAGUUGACGAAGCGAGCGGACGCUUCGUACGAUAUUAUAUCAGAGGAAGGCCGGAUAGUAUCGGACACAUUUUAGGUUUCUUCGAGUUUUUAUUUUUUUGGUACGACAAAAAUAAUUGUAUUAUAUCGG